AUCUUGCCCACAGGAGUGAUCAAAGGAUCAGGGAGAACUCAGAGCACAGCUGCAACAGACGACAACAUGACUGCCACAAGGAUUGAACUGGAGAAGGCAUUGGGUGACUACGCCUCACUCACUUUCAGCUCAAUAAAUACUAUCAAAAGCUUUGUCAACACAAGCUCUGAGUGGAUAAGGGAGAGAGAGGAAGAAGAAUGCGUUUUGGGCAACAUCCCAGAGAAGGCUAGUGAUAUCCGCAACAGAUUUAACCAGGUCAAAAAGUCAAAAACCAAAGGCACAGCUUUUUUGGCUUUCUGGAAGUAUGUAGGAGACGGUAUUGUACCAGGAAGAGCAUCGAAUAAACAGGCUGAGGAGGAGAAGAAACUGCAGAUGGAGCUGGAGGCCCUGAUGCACAGAUCUCAGAAAGGUUUAAAUGAGAUGAUAAUUUUUUUGGAGGCAGUGGAGAAGUUAGCAGUGACUUCAGUUCAUGUGUUUGACCAGAGCCUGGGUGUACAGCUGUCUGAAGAAACUGAUCUGGAGUCAGCGAAGAAGAUCAUAUUUGUUGCUGGAAUUAUCGGCCCUCUGCUGCUGCUGUUCAAAAGGGACAAUAAGAGUUUCUUCAGAGCCAAAGUGCACAAUGUAGAAGUGAUGAAGAGUCAACUGAAUCAGUACAUCUUGACUAUCAAACAUAUUUGCGGGGCUUUUAAAAAAUGCUCUGUUGCAGAUCUCUGCCUGAACAAACCCACAUUUUUUCUGAAACCAGAAGUGUCUGAAGAUGAUGUUGAAAAGAUGCUCAUCAAUGUAAACACUCUCGACCAAAUCAGAAAGGACAAACACUUUCGGAUGGUGUACCUGUUCCAGGACGAACACAGAACCUUCAUAGAGACAUUUACAGAGAGGAGUGAGAGGAUGCUGCACGUCCUGGAUGAGCUGGAGCCCAGUGCAGAGAACUUAGACCGUGUGAACUUCGGAUCUCGGGUCUCCAAUGUGGUGGGCGGCUCUGUGGGGGUGGUGGGAGGAGGUUUGGCCAUCGCUGGUUUGGCUCUGAUCCCUGUCACUGCAGGAGUGUCCCUUGGCCUGGCUAUAGCUGGGGCUGCAACAGCAGGGGUCACUGGAGCCAACAGUUUCAUAACCAUGGUUACAGAGAAGGUUUAUAGCAGUAGACAGAAAAACAACGCCACUGAGACCUUUAAAAGGUUCAUGAAAGAUGUGGAUGACCUCCAGAACUGCCUGAAAAAUACCAUUAACAACCAUUUCAGCAGCAAAGAAAACAGUGACAUUGUCAAAGCUCUAAAGAUGACAAGCAAAGGAGUGACCAUGAUGAAAAGCAUUGAUGCAAUUAUAGAUAGUGUUGCUGCAGUUAAAGCGGCAACUUCAGGAAAGGCUUUAUGUCAGGCUGCGUCAGAUGUCCCAGAGCUGGGCCAGGCGGCCCUCAAAGGCCCUCUGGCCAUGUCCAAAGCUGCUCGAACCGGCUUCAUUGCUGUUAAUGCUCUGUUCAUUGGUGUGGAUGUGUUUGUCAUUGCCAGUGAAAGCAUGAGUCUGUCCCGGGGCAGUGAGACAGAGACCUCAAAGUGGAUCAGAGCCAGAGCUGCUCUGUGGAGGUCAGAGGUCCAGUCUUAUCAGAGGAUCUGUGAUUCUCUGGAGAAAGGGCAGAAGCUCUUGGAGAAGAAACAAGUCCUCCAGGUGCCCUUCUAUGUGAGUGAUGUGAUGGCCUAAACAGGCCAGAAGAACCCAAAUCAGAGAAUUCACAGCAUUUUAAAGGGGACAAACAUCUGCCAUGGCCUUUGUCCCAGCCAGAUGAAUAGUAAUAGUAGAAUAGUAGAAAAGUAAUACAAUAAUUUGAACUUUAUGGAUAUGCAUGUGUGGAGGAGUUCAAGUAUCUCGGGGUCUUGUUCAUGAGUGAGUUAUGUCACCACAUCCUCCAUGUGCUUUUCAAUAUUUUUGUAGUCAUACUCCAAUCAUCAUACCCCAACACUGGUUUCAUUUAUGUAAGGACAGGACAGGGAGGUGAAGCGCUCCUCUUUAUCUGCACAGAGGACCAGAGUUUAACAUGAUGUGUAGGUCAGAAUUCAAUGCUAGAAUCUGCAGCUAAAAUAAAUAUGUGCUGCUUUUUUUUUUUGUUUGCUUUGCUACUAUCAAAACCUGGGGAUAUGCAGUAGGUGGAGCACUAAGCCACAAGUUGCACAAAAUUGCAUUUACCCUACGCAACAACCACUGCUUUUUUUGUUUGUCAGUGUCUUCAGACAUUUCUUUGCAACUAAAAUCUAUAAAAUGUUUUCUCAUUUUUGGUCUACUAAAAUAAAUCAUAUUAUAUUU